AUGGCGGCGGUAUCGGGGAGCAGAGGAUUGGAUAUUAGCCUCGCAGCCUUACAAAGGCAGGAUCCGUAUAUUUUUCGGAUUGUGGACGUGGCUAGUCAGGUAGCGCUAUACACCUUCAGUCAGAGAGACAAUGAAUGGGAGAAGACUGACGUCGAAGGGACCUUAUUUGUUUAUGCAAGAUCUGCUUCUCCAAGGCAUGGUUUUACCAUCAUGAACAGACUUAAUGUGGAGAACAGGACUGAACCAAUUACCAAGGAUUUGGACUUUCAGUUACAAGACCCUUUUCUACUCUAUAGAAAUGCACAAUUGUCAAUCUAUGGCAUCUGGUUCUAUGAUGAGGUGGAAUGUCAAAGAAUUGCAGAACUUAUGAAGAAUUUAACUCAGCUGGAGCAGUUGAAGGCACAACAAGAAGUUGGAUCACCAAUUUCUAACCAAAAUGAAGCAGUGGACAUUGUGCAGAUGCUGUUCAAGGCUGAACACGAAUAUAAUAAGGUUAAGCUGUCUUCUGAGCCAAAACAGAUGACUAGUUCCAAUCUGAUUCGCAAUAGUUCAAAUUUGAUCAAGCCAAUUCCAAUUAAAUUGACUGAGUUUGGAACAGACACUCAUUACCAACAAGUACAGCAACAGAACAAGAGCACAGAAUUGGGAACAAAACAUUUGAAUUUGGCGGUCUUGUUUGGAACACAAGAAAAAUCUACUUUAACUAAUGUGCCAAAUGAAACACAGGAAUUCAAGAGUAAAGCUUCCAGUCGACCAGCUGUUGUACGUUCUCUGUCUUAUGAGGAACCCAGAAAACUGCUCGAGCUUGAAACUUCCCAAAAUGUCAAAAAGCAGUUUUGUCCUGCUAUUCAGAAACUAAUGAGUCGUGGAGUUGACCUGCAUCCAGUAUCUGAGUUACCAGAAAAUCAUUCUUGUGAAAACCAAAGUGAAAGAAGUGUGGAAGAAUCAUUAGCAGGACUGUUCCAAUCUCAAUCCUCAACAGGAAAUAUCUCUCUGCAGCAAACUCGCUUGGAUAAAUCCAGUUCCUUAUUCCCUAAAGGUACUCACAAGUUGCUUCAGAAACUACAUUGUACCCAGGCAUCAAUUUCCACAUCAUGUCCGACUGUUAUACACUCUGACCUCUUCAGCAGAACUCCGAAUGGUUCCCAGAUGCAGCCUGUUUCACAGUCUCAUUCUGCCUAUCUUAGCUCCACCCGACAAGUGCAACCUGAAAUGCACCAUGUUCCAACAAUAGACAAGUCCAAGAGCACUAUUGCCUCAAAUAGUUGUACUAAUCAAAUACAAGCCUCCAGUAUCAUACCCCCUCAUGAAUUGUUUCAGAAGCUGCAGAUAGUUCAGCAGGAUCAGCAACAUCAUGCUGGAAAAAUGACUCUUGCAGCUAAGUUUUCAGCUCAGCCGCCACCAUUAGUCAAUCAGUCUGAUUCUGCAAUGAAACAUUUUGAUUCUCAAACUGAAAAAUUUAUCAGUUCAGAAAAACCAAACCUACUUAUUCAGGCAAUCUCCCCACAGCGCAUUCCAGCUACAGUUAUACCAUCUCUGUUGAUGUCGCCCACAGUGUUCACCCAGUCUUCAGUGGGAAAGCCAAUGACGAGAGUAGAAGCAAGUGCCAUACUUUUACCACAGACAGAUACCAUUAUGGCUCCGAAACAGUUACACAGUGGUUUGCAUUCAUCUGCACAGGUGGCAGAGCUGACUAUUAAAAAAACACAUACGCUUACCAAGACUCAGUUACAGGAAACUCUUUUGUAUCUUUUGCAGAAUGAUCCCAACUUUGUGAAUGCCAUUUAUGAAGCUUAUCUCACAAGCCAAUCAAACACCUCAGCAGAGAAGAAAACUUGAAAGUUUGAUGCAAGAUGUAUAAGUAGAUCUAAUUUAGUGAAAAUAGUCGAUGGUUCAUACUACUAAAAUAAUUAUUUUGUUCUUAUUUUGUAAGAGUAUUUUUGCUUUGAAAAUUAUGUUUGCUUUGAAUAGAACAGCUUAAAGGGCUACCUUUCACACUGGAUAACUUUUACUGCUGCUCAGGCUACUUUUUAAGCUGUUUUAAAAUUAUGAUCAUUUUAAAAAAGAAUUGCAAUAUCUGAAAAAUUAUUUUAUCUAAA